ACAGACUGACCGUCGGACUAUCAUAGUCGUUUUUGACCUCCAGGGAUACGUUAACGACCCUCCUGGGCAUCGACCAAAACACAUUUCACACAAUUCCUGUAGAAAUUUUUGGAUUAAACUUUUUCCAUUGUGUAUAUAUUUUCAGAAACGAUGGCUGCAACGAGGGUGAUGGUGGUGCGGCCAUGGGAAGGCCUAGGAAGCAACAGUACAAACAAUAGCACAAACAAAAACAAGAACAACGACAAGGGAUCAAACGAGUUGAGCGAAGAGGUGAUGUGUGUUGCCAGAAAGGAACUGAGAGAGGAUGAAAAGACACGGACCCAUGCCCUCGACAACUUCAGAGACUGGAUCCUUAAAAAUAGGGAUCUUAAGGACAUCAGGACCGACGACAAUUUCCUUCUGAGAUUCCUUCGUGUGAAGAAGUUCAGCUUGCCAAUGGCGCAGGACAUGCUGCUUAAGUUUUUGAACAUGAAGCAGAUGUACGCCCACCUCUGCGGCAACCUGGAUUACCUCGAUCCUCCAAUUUUGGAAUUGAUUAACAAAGGGUUUUACUUCGUUUCACCGGUGAGAGAUCAACAUGGAAGGAGAGUGACCAUUGGAAUCGCAAACAACUUUGACCCUCACAAGUAUACGAACGUACACAUGGCGAAAGUGAUGCUUCUCACCUUCGAGACCCUGCUUGAAGAUGAGGAAACACAAAUAAUGGGCUUUACUCACUUCGUUGACGUUAAAAAUGCUUCUACUGCACAUGUCACACUCUGGAAUGUCACUGAAUUCGCCACCAUGUUUAAGUGGGGAGAGCAUUCAUACCCUAUGAGGCACAAAUCAGUUCAUCUCCUGAACGUUCACCCCGCCUUAAAGUAUGUCUACGACUUUGCCAAAUCAAGGGUGACCCAGAAGAUAAAAGACCGUUUUAAGAUACACAACAGUCUAAGCGAAGUGCACGCUGACAUUGAUCCAAGCGCCCUGCCAAAAGAGUACGGAGGUGUGAUUCCAAUGGCGGACAUGAUCGAAUCUUGGAAGCUUGAAUUGGGUAAGCAGCAUCAGAAAAUUCUUUAUGGUGACAAGAUGAAGCUUCUUGACAACAGCUGUGUUAUGAAGAAAAAGUCUGCCCAGAACAACAAUAUCGGUGAUAUAUCGGGGAGUUUUAGGAAACUAGAAGUUGAUUAAAUAAUAGUGACAAUAUGAAACUUGUUAAUAUACUUUUUAUUUCUUGUUUUAGAAAAAAGUGAAGAAUUUUUUGCCAAUAAAAGAUACAUUUCUGAUACUAUUGUUAUAGUAUCUAUCGUGAUAUUUCAAAAAUUUUAUAGUAUUAUUCUUCAAAGUGAUUAAUAGUUUCUUAUUUGUUACUAAAUGUGCAAGUAUUGGAAAACAAAAACUCUUAUUAUAUACAUCAAACAAUAACUCUUAAAAAAAAUUAAAUGAUAAACCAAGAUUUACUGUUUUUAAUUCAAUUUUCUUACUAGCAGAACAAUCAAUCAACACUAAUUAUAUUAAAUUUUUUUGCAGUAAUAACUACAUUUCGGUUUAAAUAUUUUGUUAUUUUA